AUGGCUGAUGAAAAUGAGCUUUUGGAUUAUGAUGACGAGGAGCAGGAGACCGUGCAGGAACCGAAGCCAAAUGGUGACUUGCAAGCCAAGAAAGGUGUGCAGGGUGCCUACGUUACGAUACAUAGCUCUGGCUUCCGUGAUUUCAUCCUGAAGCCUGAAGUCCUCCGCGCAAUCGUCGACUGUGGCUUCGAAGGUCCUUCGGAGGUACAGCACGAAUGCAUUCCACAGGCGAUUUUGUCCAUGGACGUCCUGUGCCAAGCCAAGUCAGGCAUGGGGAAAACUGCUGUGUUUGUCAUUGCGACACUCCAGCAACUGGAUGCCGAAGAGGAGCCCGUAGUUCGUGUCAUCGUGUUGUGUCAUACCCGGGAACUUGCCUUUCAAAUUAGCAAAGAAUAUGAACGCUUCUCGAAGUACAUGCCCAAAAUAAAGGUUGGUGUGUUCUUUGGAGGAAUGCCGAUCCGCAAGGACAUUGAGACCCUCUCCAAGGGUGUCCACAUCGUGGUUGGUACACCUGGUCGUAUCCUGGAUUUGGUCCGCAAUAAGGCCCUCAAAUUGAACAAUGUCAAACAUUUCAUAAUUGACGAAUGUGACAAAAUGCUAGAUACUCUGGAUAUGCGCCGUGACGUUCAGGAAAUCUUCCGCAUGACGCCGCAUCAAAAACAAGUUAUGAUGUUCAGCGCAACAAUGAGCAAAGAAAUUCGACCUGUUUGCCGAAGCUUUAUGCAAGACCCUCUGGAGAUUUUCAUCGAUACGGAAUCCAAGUUGACGCUCCACGGUCUCCGGCAGCACUAUGUCAAAGUGAAAGAAAACGAAAAGAACAGGAAGCUCUUCGAGUUAUUAGAUGAACUGCAGUUCAAUCAGGUCAUCAUAUUCGUCAAGUCCGUCCAACGCUGCAUGGCGCUCGCCCAACUACUUGUCGAACAAAACUUCCCUGCCAUUGCUAUGCACCGUGCUAUGACCCAGGAAGAGCGCCUGAAAAGAUACCAGGCCUUUAAAAAUUUCCAGUCGCGUAUACUCGUUGCAACCAACCUGUUUGGUCGUGGAAUGGAUAUUGAGCGCGUGAACAUUGUCUUCAACUACGACAUGCCUGAAGAUUCCGACACCUACCUGCAUAGGGUUGCCAGAGCAGGACGUUUCGGAACAAAAGGUUUGGCUAUUACAUUUAUAUCGGAUGAGCACGACGCCAGCAUACUAAAUGAUGUUCAAAACCGCUUCGAGGUGAAUAUCAGUGAACUACCGGACGUGAUGGAGAUCUCGAGCUACAUGGAAGACCGUUAA